CAGGAUUUUUUUCCAUUCAAUUUCCCCAUCUUUGAGUGUGAUAUCUGGAGUUUUCAAAUCCCCUGAUUUGUCUAAGAAAAGUUGUUUUAGAGCUUUGCUCUGCAAGCACCAGAAGAGAACUCAUAAAAAGGAAGACGACAGCAGAUGCAAUCACGGAUGUGGCUUAGUCCUUGCAGCUGCCCCAGAGAGCUGUUCGGCGGGUACGGUCCUCAGUAAUGAAUCCCGAAGAGCGAAUUGUGACAUGGCUCAUAUCCUUGGGAGUAUUAGAUUCCCCCAAAAAGACCGUCUGUGAUCCGGAGGAGUUCUUGAAGUCCUCACUGAAAAAUGGGGUCGUUCUAUGCAAACUCAUCAACAGACUUAGGCCUGGCUCAGUAGAAAAGUACUGUCUGGAGCCCCAAACCGAAGCCGACUGUACCAGCAACAUCAACGACUUCCUGAAAGGAUGUGCAGCCCUUCAAGUGGAGGUAUUUGAUCCUGAUGACCUGUAUGCAGGAGUCAAUUUCUCCAAGGUUCUGAACACUCUUUUAGCUGUCAACAAAGCCACAGAAGAUCAGCUAUCAGAGAGACCAUGUGGACGUUCCUCUUCUCUUAGUGCUGCUAAUAGUUCUCAGACGACCCCGCAGGGAGCAGUUUCUGGCACAGCUCCAGGGCUGCAAAGGCAGUCAAAGCCAGUGGAGAUGACGGAAAAUGGAAGCCACCAGUUGAUAGUAAAGGCAAGAUUCAACUUUAAGCAGACUAAUGAAGAUGAGCUGUCGGUCUGUAAGGGGGACAUCAUUUAUGUCACUCGAGUUGAAGAAGGAGGCUGGUGGGAAGGAACAUUAAAUGGGAGAACAGGCUGGUUCCCUAGUAAUUAUGUCCGAGAAAUUAAAUCCAGUGAGAGACCGCUCUCCCCCAAGGCUGUCAAAGGAUUUGAAACUACGCCACUUACCAAGAAUUAUUAUACCGUGGUGUUGCAGAACUUCUUGGACACUGAAAAAGAUUAUGCUAAAGAACUUCAGUCUCUUCUUGUUACUUACUUAAGACCCCUCCAGUCCAAUAACAAUCUGAGUACUGUGGAGUUUACAUCUUUAUUGGGAAACUUCGAGGAAAUAUGCACAUUUCAACAGACUCUCUGCCAAGCCUUGGAAGAAUGUUCAAAAUUUCCAGAAAACCAGCACAAAGUAGGUGGUUGUCUACUGAACCUCAUGCCUCAUUUUAAAUCUAUGUAUCUGGCUUACUGUGCAAAUCAUCCUUCAGCUGUAAAUGUACUCACCCAGCACAGUGAUGAGCUGGAACAAUUUAUGGAAAACCAAGGUGCAGCCAGCCCAGGUAUCCUCAUUUUAACAACAAGCCUCAGCAAACCAUUCAUGCGACUGGAAAAGUAUGUUACUCUCUUACAAGAGUUGGAACGGCAUAUGGAGGAUACGCAUCCAGAUCAUCAGGAUAUUCUGAAAGCGAUCAUAGCAUUCAAAAGUCUCAUGGGGCAGUGCCAAGAUCUCAGAAAGAGAAAACAGCUGGAGUUGCAGAUACUUUCGGAGCCUAUUCAGGCAUGGGAAGGGGAGGAUAUUAAAACCUUGGGAAAUGUGAUUUUUAUGUCACAAGUAAUGGUGCAGUAUGGAACAUGUGAGGAAAAAGAGGAGCGGUACCUCCUAUUAUUUUCAGGUGUCGUGAUAAUGUUGUCUGCAAGUCCUCGGAUGAGUGGCUUUAUUUAUCAGGGAAAAAUACCAAUAGCAGGGAUGGUGGUGAAUAGAUUAGAUGAAACUGAAGGGAAUGACUACACAUUUGAAAUCACAGGUAACAUAGUAGACAGAAUUGUGGUCCACUGUGGCAACAACCAGGACUUCCAGGAAUGGCUGGAGCAUCUGUACAGGCUGAUCAAAGGACCUGCCUCUUGCAGUUCGUUAUCCAAAACAUCAUCGUCGUCUUGUAGCGCUCAUUCCUCUUUUAGCUCUACUGGACAGCCCCGAGGACCCUUGGAGCCUCCUCAAAUUAUAAAACCGUGGAGUUUAAGUUGUCUGCGACCGGCACCUCCACUUAGACCAUCAGCAGCACUAGGUUAUAAAGAGAGGAUGUCUUAUAUCUUAAAGGAGUCUAGUAAAAGCCCCAAAACAAUGAAGAAGUUUCUUCAUAAAAGAAAGACUGAAAGAAAGCCAUCGGAGGAGGAGUAUGUCAUCCGGAAAAGUACGGCUGCUCUGGAAGAGGAUGCUCAGAUUCUGAAAGUGAUCGAAGCCUACUGCACCAGCGCAAAUUUUCAACAAGGCCAUGGCUCAAGUACACGCAAAGACUCCGUUCCACAGGUCUUACUCCCCGAGGAAGAGAAACUCAUCAUCGAAGAAACCAGAAGCAACGGCCAGACCAUCAUCGAAGAAAAGAGCCUUGUCGAUACUGUGUAUGCCUUGAAGGAUGAGGUCAAAGAGCUGAAACAGGAGAAUAAAAGAAUGAAGCAAUGCCUGGAAGAAGAGUUGAAAUCAAGAAGGGACCUAGAAAAACUGGUCCGGAGGCUGUUGAAGCAAACGGAUGAGUGUAUUCGGGCCGAGGCCAGUAGCAAGAGUGCCAUCCUUCCAUAACCAUCACUGUGCAGUGGGCAGAGCAUGCCUCCAGGGCGUCGGGAAGUGUCCAGCUGAAUAAUCUGACUCAGUCUGCUCACUUCUUUGGUUUUUAUUUUGUAUCUUAGUCUCUCUCUCUCUCUUUGGUUGAGUGUUUGUUAUUUGGUUAUUGAUUGGUUGUUUUUUUCCGACAGGGGUAAGAGCAGGAGGUGGGGGGAGCUGCCUUCCGGAGUCUUUUCUAAUCAGUGAGAAAAGGAAAGCUAACAUAGGCAGAUGACUUCCACGGUCUUCAGACGGCCUUCCAUUCAUAGUGCCUCCUCCACGGCCAUUCUCGGCUCACUCUUGUUGCGCUGGCUGCUCUCGCAAAGCUGCUGGCCAUGGCUUAUGACAUGUGAACUUGACUUCUUCCCCAAUGCUUUCCUGUGCCCAGAAGCCCCUCAGUAGCUAAUUUACAGAAGGCAGCACUUCUGGAACUCUGACUAGGGUAGGGUGGACACCAGCACAUUUGCCCAGUGAUCCAGAUGCCCUUCCUUAAACCAUCAUGUGCCACCCCUCAAUGCACACCUUUUUAAAAUUACUACCCUAUGUUGUCUAUAAGACCAAGAAAACAGGAACGCCCUUAUUCCUUUUGUGUUGGUUGACAUUUUAACUCUGUGAGGCAGAAGCUCCGGUCACCCACGCCAACACCAAAUGCAUUAGCAAAUUGCACUGGGCAGUCCUCCCCUUUGGCAGCAGAGUGGCCCACCUCGUCCCAGUGCAUGGUAGGUUUUGUCCCUCGCCUUCUGCCUUGUGUGUAAGUUUUCUAUUUCCCCAGUGCUUUCAGCCAACCAUACCAAGCGGUGUGUAAACUAGUAUGUGUGCGCUUUGCUUUUUACAGAUAUAGACUGUAAGCAGUUACUUUUUAUCUACAUUGCAUAUUCAAGUUGUGACCUCUCAUCCUCCAAAACAAACUACAUUGAGGAAAUGUUGCGCCCUAGCAGACAGCUUUAAUUCACUUGAUUGCUCCCCCAUAUACGCUGUGAGAAGCUGUAAUAUUCUUCCGCCUCUUCGAGUAGGACUCUAAGCCUUCUUUCCAGAAAUGUGCUGUGGGUCCAGUUUGUAUAGCUGGAAAGAAAAGGCCCCUCUGGUAGCUGUGUGCUGUUUACUAGUGAAGCUAAUUAUUUGGAACUGGUUUCCUCAAGUUGCUCGUCGAGUCAAAUCCUCGCCUUUGUAAGUAUCUCAGAAAUUAGAACUGUGAUAAUGCAGGCGUAGAAGAGGGUCACAGAAGGACAGCACACACCCAAAGUCAACACAGUUGAAGGCUGGCCUGGGGCUCUACCACCGAGCAGUCCAGCCUGCCCCUGUCUCUCCCAAAGGCAGGGGAAAUUGGGCCAGGUCGGGGAGAUCACCAGAAAGAGAGGCCAAGGGCCAAUGGACCGAUCAAAGUUGUCUCCCAGAUCCAUUUGAUGGGUGUCUAUAAGUGUGGGUUUUGCAAAUGUUGGUUAGAAACCAGACUUGAAGCUUGAACCCCCCGGCUUGCUAAGCCCUUUUCUUUUCUAGUAUGGGCGGGGGGGUGGUCUCCAUUCCCAUAGCUACACAGUAUGGGGCUGUUGACUGCUUGCUGCAUGGCAGAAAUUACACCAUCCAUGGGAAAUGGACCCUUCCUGCAGACCAGCAUCAGCCAACCACACACCGCCGUCUUUGGACGCUCAAGACCGAAGAAGAUUUCUAGGACUGGCUGUUGUUCUAUUUUUAGCCCAACAGUUUAGAGACGCCAUUCUUCACCUAAAAAUUAAAAACAACAAUAACAACACAGAUCAUAGCAUCUGCCCUGUCUGUGGUCCAUCAAUGGCUUGCAAUAAAUGUGCAAACUCUAUCCCUAGGACACAUUUUUGUGAUUACAUAAUACUUUCGUUGAUAAAGUAUCUAGGAUUGCUUAAGCUAUUGAAAAGGUAUUUCUUUUAAAGUGAAGUGUACAUAUGCAUGUUUUGGGGACUUGGCCCUUCUGGUGAGAGGCCCUUGGUUCUCUGGGUAACGUAGCUUGUGCAGAGUGGUGGCCAUGCUCACACACUCAACAAUCAUAUACAGGAAAUGAAGCCAUGUUAACCUGACAGCAGUGUCUCCAUAGUUGUGUUGUUUACAAGACUCUACAAGUGGGUCCCGUUACCCUGUAGUUAAACUGCUCCUCUUCUGUCGUGUCCCUUCUUACCCAAGCUUCAAUUUUCUAACUUGUUUUUAUUUUGAAAACUUUUAAAAUCAACAUUUUCAAUAAAUAAGAAUAACAGUGCUUUAUAAAAUAA